AUGCACUGCAUGAUGCACUCAAUACCCUUCUCGUCCCUUGAACCCGGUGGGGUAGUACCUGGACAACCCGAGCUUCUUCAGAGGCCCCUCGAGGACUCAUUUCGGAGCAUCUCCUUCUCAAAAUCUCUUGAUCAAUCUACUGAGUUUAGCAGCUCACGAUUCUCUGAUAUUGCUCGGUUGGCCAAUGAGGACAAUGAUAGUAAAUCAGGACCACUGAUUCUCAAGAACAAGUCUCCCAGAUGGCACGAACAAUUACAGUGCUGGUGCCUCAAUUUCCGAGGGCGGGUAACAGUUGCAUCGGUCAAGAAUUUUCAGUUGAUUGCAGCCAAUCAACCAACCACUAAUGUGCAAACGACAUCUCAACCAUCACAGUCGUCGGACCACGAUAAAAUCAUCCUGCAGUUUGGCAAGGUCGGUAAAGAUAUGUUCACCAUGGACUACCGGUAUCCAUUAUCUGCUUUUCAGGCAUUCGCAAUCUGCUUGAGCAGCUUUGACACUAAAUUGGCUUGUGAAUAG